GUCUCCACGUAAAAAAUAAAAAAGAAAAACGUUUGGAUUUUUCGGUGAAAAGAAACUGCAGUGUGAUAGUUCUUGCUUCGUUCUUCUCCUCACCUUUGAUUCAGAAGCUUAUACACUGUUGGCUUUCUAUCACGAGGACGACUAUCUGAUCAUCAAGGCCCUGUCAUUUCACUUGUCCUGGUGGGCCCAAGUGAAUUGCCCACACCAACCAGUUAUUUCGUUAUGGAUGAUUUUCUUGAUCAAAUCAUCUUGUCUUCGUCAUGGAUGGAUGUGAACCCUGCUGCCUGUUCAUCUUGGGUUGAUGGAAGUACAGCUCAAAGAAAUGGCUUAGCAGCCGAUUCAAUGGUAUAUGAUGGGAACGAGAAGAACUCACCAACAAGUAUAGUUGCCUCAGGCCAUGUCAUUGGGAGCUUAGCUGCUCAUGGGCUGCCUAGACAUGUGGAGCAUGAUGGUUCUCCUAUUCUAGCUAGCAGGAACUCGACCUAUUGCAUCAGUCAUGGGAUAUUUACAGGAGGAACCCAACUGCGACAAGAGCAUCCGGAUCAUGUAUCAAUUCCAUCCCGCCAUGACGAAUCCCAUCUCUCAAUACAGGAACUGAUAGAGAAUAGCCCGAUGACCAGAUCCUCAAGCCUGCAUGAGUCCAUUUCACCACUAUGGCCACUAUCAUACAAGGGUAUAUCUUCUCUGCCUCCAGUCAUGGGGGAAGGUAAACUACAACAUCUUGGCUUGCAAGGAGAAUCUGUGGAAGGCGAUGCUAAUAUUACACAAAAAAGAUCCUAUGGGAAGAAACUCCAACUGCUGGACAAUUUUCCUGCAGCUUCAGUUAAUGAUCAAGAUGAUCUGCAAAGCUGUCUUUCGCCUCGUUUUACUGCUGGUCCACCUACAUUGAGCAGAGCUACGCCUGGAUUGCAGUCUCAUCCGCAGGAAGAAGAUUCGAACAAGCAUUAUAUGUACCAACCUUCGGUUUCUCAAUUACAACCUCCGCCAGCUGCUGCUACUGGGUGCAAUGGAGCAGUAAAACCACGGGUGAGAGCACGCCGUGGUCAGGCCACAGAUCCACAUAGUAUUGCUGAACGGCUACGGAGAGAGAAAAUUGCUGAACGGAUGAAGAGCUUGCAAGAACUUGUCCCAAAUUCUAAUAAGAUGGACAAGGCGUCGAUGCUUGAUGAUAUCACUGACUAUGUCAAAUUCCUUCAGCUGCAAGUCAAGGUUCUAAGCAUGAGCAGGCUGGGUGCUGCGGGAGCCGUUGUUCCAUUGAUUACAGAUGUUCUAUCCGAGGGCUCUACUCUACUUCUAUCACCAUCGGGCAGACAGGAAACCGACCUUUCUGAAUCAUCGGACAACAUUGCCUUCGAGCAAGAAGUAGUGAAGCUGAUGGGAUCUAAUGUAGCCGCUGCCAUGCAAUACCUUCAGACCAAAGGCCUCUGCCUCAUGCCUAUUGCUCUUGCAGCUGCCAUCUCUGGCAGGAAGGCAACUUCCAAUAAGGUUUCCGCUGCUAGAAAGAGUCCUGGAACAGCCCACGGUUUAAUUUCACCAAGCAGCAGCUCAGCCAGUGCUGGGACCCAGACCUUGUCCUCUGGCAGUUAGAGCACGACAAAGGAGAAUAUGGCCAGUAACAUCCAUGGUGAAGAUACCAUCAUUGAUGACUGUAAUGGGGCUGUUGUUAAACAGGAGGAAAUGCAGAAAUCUGCACACAAUAUAAGAGUUUUGAAACCAUUGGGAUAGCUGAACCGGUAUCUUCAUUUUUCUCUUUGAAAUCAGGAGGUUGGUUGUUUUUUAGCUUUAUUCACACUAGUAAACUUCUUUUUGAUUUUUGAAAUUUAGCUAGUAGUUGUAUAUGUGCCAAUAUACAUGCGUUCAUAUGUACAUGUGCUUGUAUACACAUGUAUAUGUAGUUGUAUGUAUACGUUUUUAUGAGAAAAUGAAGCCCAAUGCAUAAAUGAAC